AUGUUCAGCAAUCACGUAGCCAAUCCUCAAGGCAAUCCGCCCCUGCACCUGCAGCCAGGUAUAUCAGCUCACUCCCAGAGCUGUGCUGAUACCUCACAAUUCCAUGCCAUCUCGUCCAAAACUAACGCACUGACUCGUCACCAACACUUCCUCCUCUAUUCGCACAUUAUCCAUGCCUUACUCCUAGCCGACGAGUGCGAGUUGUCCAUGCUGAAGAGCAUCCGUCAGAGAGCGCGGUCCCCGCUCUUCCGACAAUUCUUCGGAAAUGUUUACUACACUCCUCCUCAGGAGAUCUUCUGCUUGAUCCUGCAAAUCAGAGCGGACAAGAGCUGGGACACUAUGAAGCAGGAGGUGCUGAUGCAGGUCAACAAUGCUCGACCUCAUUCAGAAUCUCCUAUCACGAAUCUUCCGAGAUCGAGUCAUGCCUGCACGGGCCCUGCUUCCAUACCCACUUACACGAGAUCUCGAGGGGAUCCAUUCCAUCCUCCUUUGGGCCCACAACAGACUCAACCCGGGUUUGUAACACAACAUCCGGGACGGGUCGCAGGUGGUCCAUCUCGCACUGCAGGGAGCCCUAGCUCUACUGAGGACCAUUCGACGACGGCGAACCUUGGUCGAACUGCCCCGCCCGGACAGCGCUUCUUCUGUCCGUCAAAGAAUUGCAAGAAAAACUACGCCCGCCAGGGACACUACGAAAACCAUCUGGAAAGGUGUCACGCCGAAAUCGGUCCCCACAACCCUGCCGAUUCCCUCCGCAUUGUAUACAGCACAGGACAGCCAAGUGCAGACGACAUGAAUGAGCAGGGUCGAGCAAGAACGGCAAGAGGUACAACCGCGCCAACAGUUUCACAGCCAGUCUUAGCUACAUCGAUGCCGCCCUCAUCCAUUCCGUCUCCUCCCAGCCCUUAUUCUGUCGCGUCGUUUACGCUUCUGUCCGGUACCAGCCCACAGAUCAGCCUUCCACAGAAACGGCCCCGAGACACGGAAAUGUUAUCGCCUGGCCUUCCACGUCAUUUUCAUAAUAACUGGGACUUCAAUCCCUUUGUCAGCGAGCAACAGUUAUUGGUGACACCACCCAGGCAACCAAACUCCAAUUCCAAUCAAUCCUUCUUUUCCACGGAUUCUCAUCUGGGAAGUUAA